AUGGCGCCUCUCAUCGUCGACAUCCACACGCACGUCUACCCACCCGCGUACAUGCAGAUGCUCCGCGCUCGCAAGACGGUACCGUACGUGCACGACCCGGCCGCCGCCAACGCUCCGCCGCGGCUGAUCAUCCUGUCCUCAGACGAUGACGCCUCCAUCCCGCUGGACCAGCGCGGCCGACCCGUGGACGCAUCCUACUCGGACAUCGAGGUCAAGCUAGCCUUCAUGCGCCGCCACGGCAUCAACAGCAGCGUGAUCUCGCUGGCCAACCCGUGGCUGGAUUUCCUGGCGCCCGAGGAGGCGCAGACGUGGGCAGAGCGGAUCAACGAUGACCUGGAGGCGACCUGCGCGGGGGUGAACCGCGCGGCGGACCCGGACAACACGCGGGCGCUGCACGAGAAGGAGACGCUGUAUGCCUUCGGGGCGCUGCCGCUCAGUGCGCCCAGCGCGGAGGUGGUCGUCCGGGAGAUUCAACGACUAAAAACGCUGCCGCAUCUGCGGGGCGUGAUCAUGGGCACGACCGGCUUGGGGAAAGGGUUGGACGAUAGCCGACUGGACCCCGUGUGGAAGGCGUUGCAGGAGACCGACUCCCUCCUGUUUCUGCAUCCGCACUACGGACUCCCCGACGAGGCCUUCGGCGGCCCCGAGGCGUUGAACCGCUACGGCCAUGUCCUGCCCCUCGCCCUGGGGUUCCCGCUGGAGACGACCAUCGCUGUGACGCGGAUGUUUCUAGCCGGGGUUUUCGAUCGGUUUCCCGGGCUAAAGAUCCUGUUGGCGCACUCCGGCGGCACGCUGCCCUUCCUUGCGGGGCGCAUCGAGAGCUGCAUCCUGCAUGAGCGCAAGUUCGUGGCGAACGGAGGCGAUGUGCCCGGUCCGCAACGAAGUGUCUGGGAUGUCCUCAAUACCAACAUCUACCUGGAUGCAGUGGUCUACGGUACUGCUGGCUUGAAAGCCGCGGUAACUGCCGCUGGUGGUGCGGAUCGUCUACUCUUCGGAACUGAUCAUCCGUUCUUCCCCCCGCUUGGCAAGGAUGACGAGGAAUGGCCAAGUGUAACCACAAACUAUAAGGCUAUCCAUGCUGCCUUCGAAGGGGAGGGCGAGACCGUUGCAGGGGUCUUGGGAGAGAACGCGGCUCGCAUUCUGAAGUUAAAAUGA